AUGGCGGACCAAGAAGACUCGGUAAGGGAGUUCGUUGCUGUUACUGAUGUUGAUGAGGAGAGGGCCCGUUUUUUCUUGGAGUCUGCCGGCUGGGAUUUGCAGGUACGUACAAGUUGUACUAAAUGUGAUAUUUGAUUUCAACUCACAACGACAUACGAAUGACAGUAGUUAGAUAGCUGCCAGAUCACCACUGCUAGCACAUACUGCUGGCCGGUACUAGAUAACUAACGUAGCUAGUUUCUGCAAGUCACCUCAUUCUCACAACAAAAGCUUGAAUGGCCAUUGCUGUCUUAUUCCCUAGGACCUAUAUCUACCAAUCAGUUUCAUACAGUUACCAAUGUUUUACUACCGCUGUCUAAUAGUUAGCUUGUUUAAUGUUAGCUUGCUAACAAAUCUGUUUCAUUAUGAAUGGCUCGUUCACUGCGUUCUAGCUAUCUGGCUAGCAGGUUAGCUAGCUUGCUCUCAGACUGGCAGAUAGCGUUGUCCAGCAGUUAGCCUACUUCAAAAUCAUAACUAGCUAACAUUAAUCGUUCAUCAAGUGACUGAGAUGAUAGUUAACUAAUUCAUCAGAUUUCCCCAUCCUAUCUAAUUGCUAGUUGAAUAUCAUCCUUUUUAGUUAGCUACCUUUUAAUUUGGCAAGUUCACAAUUAAGCUCUAGCAAAGUAGCGCUCAGGUUUAGACUGUGACUAGACACUGAAAUCUUGAUGUUUGGAUGACAUGGCGUCUUGGCCUGUUUUCUUAGCUUGCCCUGGCCAGUUUCUUUGAAGAUGGUCCUGAGGAUGACAUAGUGACUCUUCCUCAGCCAGAGAGUGGUGGAUCCUCUGUGCCUCGUCCCACAGGGCCCAGGUACAUAGCUAACUAACUGACCUCCGUAAAUCUAUUGUUACUCUGGGUAUCAUUAAAACAGGAUAGCCAAUAUCCAAGUCCUUUCAGUGUUUCCCUUGUCAAACUUUAAAAAUAUAUUAUAUGAAACAUUUCAUGCUACGCGAUUGAUGUUGAUUGUUAUUCGUUGUGUUUCUGUUGUGAAACUAGGGUGACCUCCUUCAGAGAUAUGAUGCACGAGGAAGUAGAUGACAGUGAUGAGGAGGAAGGGCAAAGGUAGGUCUGACUAUAUGUAACAGUUUUGCUUCUGUCCCUCUUCUCACCCCAACCUGGGCUUGAACCAGGGACCCUCUGCACACAUCGACAACAGUCAGCCUCGAAGCACCGUUACCCAUCACAAAAGCCGCGGCCCUUGCAGAGCAAGGGAAACAACUACAUCAAGGUCUCAGAGCGAGUGACGUCACUGAUUGAAACGCUACUAGCGUGCACCGCUAACUAGCUAGCAAUUUCACACCGGUUACAUAUACUUCUAUGACAUUGGGGUGUAUUCAAUGAAUUUCACAUUGCAUGUAGGCAAACACAGAAACAGAAUGGUACCCAGGCUAGUGUGCCUCCAGAAUGUACCAAACUAUUUUGGUUUCUGUAUUCAGUUCUCUGUAGGCUGGUAUUGCUUUCUGCUGCAUCAACAUAUUCUGCUGGUUGGGGGUGUCCCUGUGUUAUUGUGUUACUCGUCCACACAAUCACAGCACUGGUGUUGUAACCAGAAGCUUGGACAAGAUCCAAAAUCCAGGUUGUGUUCUUUCCUCUCUUUAAUUGCUACAUCCUUCCUCUGCUUCCCUCCAGGUUCUUUGCUGGGGGCUCCGAACAUAGUGGGCAGCAGAUAGUGGGCCCUCCCAAAAAGAAGAGCUCUAAUGAGGUGGUGGAGGACCUGUUUAAGGGGGCUAAGGAGCAUGGGGCCGUACCCGUGGAGAAGGCUGGGAGGGGCCCAGGAGAGCCUAGUCGAGCCAGGGUAAGAAAAGCUUCCCAGUAAUAUGUCCUGCACCAGGAUCAUUCCUCUUUCAUUUACUGAUCACAUGUAUGUGUUAUUAGGCCUGUGUUUUGGGAUUGAUAGAGCUAAUGGUGUAUGAUGUUAGUCGUCAUAAUGUUUUUCUAACUGUUUUCCUCCUCUUCCCCCCUCUAGCCUUUUAUUGGUGGCGGCUACCGGCUUGGUGCAGCGCCUGAGGAGGAGCCUGUUUACGUGGCUGGAGAGAGAAGAGCAGCUAACAGCCAGCAGGAUGUGAGUGUUUGACAGUUAAUUUAUUUGGAUUUUUUGUAUUGCUAGUUAUACAUUAGAUCUCAGAAGAAUACAUUUACUUCAGUUCACUUAAGUUUACUUCUUUUACUUACUUACGUAUGUUCUUCACUACGUUCUGAAGGUGCAUGUAGUCCUAAAGCUGUGGAAGACAGGCUUCAGCCUGGACGACGGUGAACUCAGAAACUACAGCGAUCCUGGCAACGCCAUCUUCCUGGAGUCCAUCCGCAGGGGGUGAGUACACUGUCUGUACCAUAUCCUUGUCAUACUUUUAAUAUGCAUGACAGCUCAUGUCAUAUCAUUUUCCUAAAUCCUCCCUUUACAUUAUAAAUGUAUUUAUGGCAUACACAUUCUGCUCCGCACUAGACAGCUGGAGGCUACAUGCCUCUCUCUCUGAAGCGUUGUCAUAAUAGAAGUCAUUCCUCCUCUCAGGGAGAUUCCUUUGGAGUUGAGGCAGCGCUCCCGAGGGGGUCAGGUCAACUUGGAUAUGGAGGACCAUCGGGAUGAGGACUUCUCCAAACCCAAGGUUGCCUUCAAGGCAUUCGGUGGGGAAGGACAGAAACUGGGCAGGUGGGUGAGUUCUAUUCUCAUAGAAUUCAAUACAGAGGAAGCAAUGAAAUUGUCCCCCCUUUUCAGCACAAUGCCUUAAUACGGUGACUGUUAGACUUUAUUACCACAAGGGGGUAGAAAGGGGAAUUUUGGCACAAAUUGAUAUUGUAUUUGAUGGACUUUAAGUUAAAAUCAUAAAGGAACCCAACAAUUUUUCAAAACCUGAUAUUAUCUUUUGGGAAAAUGUGCACUUAUAAUAUUGUCUUCAACAAAUCUAUGUCAAAUACAGUAUAAUCACAAUAAAUGUCUCUCUCCCACCUCACCUGUCCAUUCAGUGCCACCCCUGAGCUGGUGUCUGCUCCGUGUAUUGGAGACCAGGACCGGGUAGCCAGUGAGGCCCAGGCUAUCGCCUCUGUAAACCUGGAUGCCUCCAAGCCUGUGACCAACAUCCAGAUCAGACUGGCCGACGGGGGGAGACUGGUGCAGAAGUUCAACCACACUCACAGGUCAGUGUUGGAGCCAUGAAGCUGUACAUCUCCCUACUCCCUCUAUGAAGGGCAUGACAAACAGCAUAUUACCUAUUUUCUCCUCAUUCUUUCUCUUCCUGUCCUCAGGGUGUCGGACUUGCGUCAGUUUGUGGUGGGAGCUCGCCCUUUGAUGGCGGCGACAGAGUUUGUGCUCAUGACAACCUUCCCCAACAAGGAGCUGACUGACGAGAGCCAGUCGCUGCAGGAUGCCAACCUGCUCAACGCAGUCAUUGUGCAGCGGCUA